CUACAUACAAGUCGUGUUCACUAACUAAAAUAGAAACACUCAAGUCACACACUAAGUCAAUAACACAAGAUAAGAAAAGAAGAACAACCUUAUUGCAUUGUUCAUGUUCUAAGUAAUAGCAAGUUUUUGUGUUAGAUUUUUCAUUGUGAUAAAGUUAUGACAACAUCACAAGGAAAAACAGUACUAGAUUCUGGUUGGUUUGCAGCUAGGUUGAAUGAUGUUCAUAUCACUGGCACACAGCUCACAACUACUAACCCUCCUUCUGGUCCCACUUUACCAUGGAUGGAAGCUCAAGUGCCUGGCACUGUUCUUGCAACAUUGGUGAAGAAUAAAGUUGUGCCGGAUCCAUUUUAUGGAUUGGGAAAUGAGGCUAUUUUGGAUAUUGCUGAUGCUGGAAGAGAUUAUUACACUUUCUGGUUCUUUUCAACUUUUCAAUGUAAAUUGUCUAAAAAUCAGCAUUGUGAUCUGAACUUCCGUGGAAUCAAUUACUCAGCCAAUGUUUAUUUGAACGGGCACGAAAUGGUACUCCCAAAAGGAAUGUUUCGGAGGCAUUCUCUUGAUGUUACUAAUAUUCUUCAUCCAGAUGGUAAUAACCUGCUUGCUGUUCUCGUUCACCCUCCGGAUCAUCCUGGGAGUAUACCUCCUCAGGGAGGACAAGGAGGAGAUCAUGAGAUAGGGAAGGAUGUAGCUACACAAUAUGUUCAAGGUUGGGAUUGGAUGGCUCCUAUAAGAGAUAGGAAUACAGGAAUUUGGGACGAGGUUUCCAUUUUUAUCAGUGGGCCAGUAAAAAUAAUCGAUCCCCACUUGGUGUCAUCGUUUUUUGACAAUUAUAAGAGAGUAUAUUUGCAUGCCACAACUGAGUUAGAAAACCGAAGCUCCUGGACUGCUGAGUGCUCUUUGAGUAUCCAUGUCACAACAGAACUUGAGGGGAGCAUUCACUUGGUAGAGCAGCUUCAAACUCAAAAUAUUUCAGUUCCAGCAAAAUCACGGGUGCAAUAUACAUUUCCCGAGCUUUUUUUCUACAAGCCCGAUUUAUGGUGGCCCAAUGGAAUGGGAAAGCAAUCUUUGUAUAAUGUUGUUAUUGACAUUGCUGUUAAAGGAUUUGGUGAGUCUGAUUCGUGGAGUCAUUACUUUGGAUUCCGCAAAAUUGAGAGCCAUAUUGAUGAUGCCACAGGUGGAAGGUUGUUCAAAGUCAAUGGGGAACCAAUUUUUAUACGAGGGGGUAACUGGAUAUUGUCGGAUGGCCUACUUCGACUUUCAAAGAAGAGAUAUAGCACAGAUAUCAAGUUUCACGCAGAUAUGAAUUUUAACAUGAUACGUUGCUGGGGUGGUGGACUGGCUGAAAGGCCAGAGUUUUAUCAUUAUUGUGACUAUUAUGGCCUUCUGGUAUGGCAAGAGUUCUGGAUUACUGGGGAUAUUGAUGGACGUGGUGACCCGGUAUCAAAUCCACAAGGUCCACUAGACCAUGACCUUUUCUUGUUUUGUGCAAGAGACACUAUCAAGCUUCUUAGAAACCAUCCCAGUCUUGCCCUUUGGGUGGGUGGAAAUGAACAAACUCCACCCCAUGAUAUAAACGAUGCUUUGAAAAACGAUCUGAAACUUCAUCCUUAUUUUGAACAUGUCAAAAAUAAAGGGAAACCUGUAGGUGGCUUAUCCCCGAAGUUGGGGGAUCCUAGCCAGUAUCUUGACGGCACACGGAUUUAUAUAGAAGGAUCUUUAUGGAGUGGGUUUGCAGAUGGGAAGGGAGGCUUCACAGACGGACCUUAUGAAAUUCAAAAUCCUGAAGAUUUCUUCAAGGAUAGUUUUUACAAACAUGGAUUCAACCCUGAAGUUGGUUCUGUAGGAAUUCCAGUUGCUGCUACCAUAAGAGCAACAAUGCCUUCAGAAGGAUGGCAGAUACCUCUGUUUAAGAAAGAUUCCAAUGGCUAUGUAGAAGAAGUUCCAAAUCCUAUAUGGAAAUACCAUAAAUACAUUCCGUAUUCAAAGCCAACCAAGGUUCAUGAUCAGCUUCAGCUUUAUGGUGCUGUAAAAGAUCUCGAUGAUUUUUGCUUGAAGGCUCAACUUGCAAACUUCAUACAAUAUAGAGCCCUUUUGGAAGGAUGGACUUCUCGCAUGUGGAGCAAAUAUACAGGUGUAUUGAUUUGGAAGACACAAAAUCCUUGGACUGGUCUGAGAGGUCAAUUUUAUGAUCAUCUACACGACCAAACAGCAGGUUUCUAUGGUUGUCGAAUUGCUGCUGAGCCAAUUCAUGUACAGCUUAAUUUGGAUACAUAUUUUAUAGAGGUUAUUAAUACUACAUCCGAAGAAUUGUCUAAUGUAGCUGUUGAAGUUUCAGUAUGGGAUCUUGAAGGAACAUCUCCAUAUUACAAAACACAUGAAAAUAUCUCUUUCUUGCCAAAAAAAGUAACACCUAUUGCUGAGAUGAAGUAUCCGAAGUCGAAAAAUCCUAAGCCGGUCUACUUUCUUCUUCUCAAACUGUACAACAAGUCAGACAAUAGAAUUUUAUCUAGAAACUUUUAUUGGUUGCAUCUUCCUGGUGGAGAUUACAAGUUAUUGGAGCCAUAUAGGAAGAAGAAAAUACCUCUCAAGAUAACAUCCGAGGUUUUCAUUGAAGGAUCCACAUACAAACUCCAAAUGCAUGUGCACAACACAUCUAAAAUACCGGACUCUAAAAGUUUAACAUCUGAAUGCGGUUCAAACUCACCGGAAACUGUACACAACGGGGCAGGAAAAGAACAAGACGUCGGUUGGUUUAAGAAGAUACACAAGCACUUUGCUGGGAAAAGUGAUGAUGGUUUGAAGGUUUCUGAAAUUAAUGGACAUGAUAUAGGUGUUGCUUUCUUUCUACAUUUUUCUGUUCAUGCUUCAAGUAGGGACCACAAAGAGGGAGAAGACACAAGAAUUCUCCCGGUUCAUUACUCAGAUAACUAUUUUUCACUGGUGCCUGGAGAGACCACGACUAUUAAAAUAUCUUUUGAGGCUCCUCAGGGUGUCGCUCCUCGAGUGACUCUGAAUGGCUGGAAUUACCAUGGACAAACGAUCCACGAGGCUCUUUAGGGAUGUAAAAGACAACCUUGAUUACUUUAAACGGCAUCAGAGAGCUUCAUGAGUUGUUUCUUUUUACGUUUUCACAGGUCUAGGCCAACAUCUCCGGACAAAAAAAAUAGUAUCUCCGACUAUUUGUCACAGAUAAAUAAUAUCGUGUAAUUUUUAUGUUUCCAUUGUUUUGUUUUUCAAUUGGAGGAAUAAAAAGGAAGGGUAAGAUUUCAUACCA